AGAGAAAACGGCCCAACAGAUACAGAGAAUCGCGUGAACCGUGUGGACGGGAAAGUAAAUUGCGGCGCGGAAAAUUUGAAGCGAAAAAUCUCACUUUGUUAUUUUUUUCUGUUAUUAUAUUAUAUCAUCAUCCGUCGGUUCGGAAAUCGAAACAGCGUAAUAAGUAAGGCAGCGAAAAUAAACAUAUUGUAACCAAAAGUGCAAAUUCGUUGAGAUUUGUUGGCCGCAGUGAAUUCGCGAAUGCGAUUGGGUAGGUUUCUGGAGAAUAUCCGUGUUUGGAAUGACUCGAUGCUCGAUGGUUCUUCUGAUGCAUGACGAAAUCCGGCGGUUCUAGUAAUAGCGUGAUAAAAGCAUGUAAUCAGACGCGAAAAUAUUGCAUGUUCAUGGAGCAGCAGAGAUAAUCUGAACAGUAAUCGACCGGGAGAUGUGGCGGCGCUAGGGAACAAAAUAAGCGGUGCUAAAAUGGCCGUCAAAUUUAGUGUGGUGGGUACGGACAAAUCUUCUGGAAGGUCACCAGUGCGAAAACAAACAGCGCAAAAGUAGUGACGGCAAGCAAACGAACAAAAAGCCGACAUUGAUCCAGGAUAUAACGUGGUUGAUCCUGUAUGUUUGGGGCGUAUUGCAGGGAUGUGUCACGACGAUGCACACAUUUUGGAAUUGUAGUCGACAAUUAACCGCGGAAGCGGCCGAGUAAUCGAUAAUCGAUAAAAAGGGAGAGACGAUGUAGCCAAAAAUAUUACGCGCUACCUACAGGGGUACCCGAAUUACGCACUUAGCGGCUGUUUCGAAAGCUUUCGGUAGCAAACAAAUUUUCCUGGUUUUUCACGAAAACCAAACGACGCUCACACUGAUGGAUGAUAUCGAUAUUGCCAUUCCGUAGAAGGUUGUACUUAGAUUAGCCGUUCCACCGGAAUCGAAUCGUCGAUAAUCUACACCACGCCGCUUUAGUGAGAAAACCUGAUCGUCCCCGUUUGUUAUUUAGUAACAAAAAUAUUCUUCACUGAUACGUACAUGUAUGUAUAUAAUAGUAAGUGAUUACGUCGCUCCACACCGGCAGCAAACUAACUUUGUGUCGGCUUGUUGUCCCUUAUCAGUACGUCUCUCGUCUACUGUCGGUCGCAAAGGGGUGACAUUGGGUGCCUCGAUACGCCUCGAACGCACAACAACAGGCAACACACCCGAUCGGCGGCAGUCGUCAUCAAUCCUCCGAGAGUCCUCAACUCAAAGCGCGAGGAAUAACUAGUGAAAGUAAACGGACUGGACCCGGACUGUAUAUAACUAGUGCACCGAAACACGGCAGCGAAAAAACCAAACAAACGUCAUCACGUCCCGCAAAAUCGUGCAAUCUGUUAUCUAUUUCGAAGCGAAAACGUUCCACGCAAACCGAAGAAAGAAACAAACAAUCGUUCUCUAGUUCAUUGGCAGGACCCAGCAACAAUUUAUCGAUUAGUUGCAUGUGUAUCGACAUAUGUUCCCAGUGAAAAACAAAAAAACAAAACGAAACCAAACGAAUCAAUAAAUGAUUCGAUCCAGCACUUGUAUGGAACAUUCAUUACCGAUGAAGCUCUCAAAGCGCUAGUAAAUACCAGUGCGAGUAUUACUGAAUACACUAGCAACUUGCGACGAGGCGGCGAAGAAGUGUGUCAAUAGCUGUGAUAUUACGUAAAGUAACAAGAGGGGAGAAACACAAACUAUCUCGAGGAACCAAGAAAAGCGCGUUUCAUCGGAAAACGGAAAAUUUUUCGGUGGGAAGGUGUGUACACACGAUACUCGCACACCCAUCUACCAAAAAAAAACGAAGAACAAGCAAGCAGCUGGACAGGAAGGAAAAAGGAGCAACACCGUUCUUGCAAGAGAUCCAUAUUAUUGUCCCCAAGGCCGUUGAACUCGAACCUAACGCGUAGGUUCGUUGUUCCCCUUACCUUAGAUUAUGAGGAUUGUCGGUUCGACGGAGAUUCAGGACACCUGAUGGGUGAAUGAAUGAACGAAAGAAAAAAUAGAAACAAAUUGGCACCACCCACCGAACCAAAAAGGAUUCUUAGCACCCGUUCCCUCUUCACAGCAGCAACGGGUACACGCGACUUGAUUAAUCAAAAAAAAACUAAAAGGAAAGGAAAACCUUUGAAUGACAAUGGACUUCACACCACUGCCGUCGGAGUUGGAGGAGCUGAUACUGUGCAGCUGCUGCCAUCUGCCGUUCAACGAUACCGAUGCGGUGCCGAAGCUGUUUUCCUGCCGGCACUACUUCUGCCUGAAAUGUGUCAACCAGGUGCUCAUGAAGGGUAGUGAACUGUACUGUGUGCACUGCUGGAAGCGAACCGAGCUCAGCGGACCGGACAUGAAGCCGGAAAACCUUCCGACACAUAAUGCGAUUCUGUAUCUGUCGCAGAAUUUGAGUAUGAUUUCGAGUGGAAGUGCUUGUGGAGGGUCGGGUCACGUCGGGGGAUCGACUAAUAAUGGGGGCGCGAGUGGCGGAAGUGGUUCGAAUAAAAAACCUCCGGAUAAGAACGGGACGAAUGGGACCGUGAGUGGAACUUCGAGCAGUAGUGGCUCGCUGGGGGGCAGUAGUGUAGUUGGGGGAUCGGCCGGGAGCUCGACAAACGGAAGUGCAAAUUCGAACGGAAACAUAGGAAUAGGUAAUAACAGUGCAAGUACGGGUGGUCCCAUCGGUUCGGGCAAGUAUAGAAAUAAGGGCGAAAACUGUAUGACGCACGCAAUGCCGAAUGCGCUGUGGUGUCUCAAGUGUAACAUAAUCAUGUGCCGGGCCUGUGCCAGCACCGAAGAACAUCGUAAUCAUUCAGUGAAAACGCAAGCCGAAGCUCGCGACCAAAUACGUUCCGAUAUCGCGUCCGAUUUGCUGUUGAUGCAAAAAUCUCUGUCGGAGCUACAGCACUUUGUAUUUAAGCAACGCGAUUUUCUGCUCAAAAUUUUGGAGGCAUGUACAGCGCUGAAAACUCAGGUCGAAACGGAACUUAUUAACCAUUUGCCAACGUUCGAGGUGGCAGAAAUUCGAAGUAAUCUAACGAAAGCGAAACUAUUUCUCGGUAUGCUCGAGCAGCAAUCACCCGCGGAAGCGUACAAACUGUACGCGAAUCUUAAUAUCGAAAAACAACGUCUCCAGUCGAAAUAUCAGGAAAUGUACCUGCAGUGUAAGCUAGACGAUUUAAUCCAACACUACGGCAUACUGUUUGAUUUCGAGCUGAUCAAACAGGCUCUUUCGAAUCUGAACAACAUCGAUCCGAUCUCCUUUGGCAACGGGGCCAUGGGAGGGCUGAGCGUGACGGCCAGUGGAACCACCAUCAAUGGGCACCACAACUCGAUACUACUUCUUGCCAACUACUGCAUCUCGCAGCUGUACUCGCGUCACAUCCUAACAUCCAAACAUCAUCAACAGCAGCAUCAGCAUCAGCAGCAAUCGCAGCAUAUCGAUACCAACCUCAACUACGCAAUAUCACCCUCGCAGGCGGCAUCCGCGAUAUCGCAUUCGCCAAGCCAUGGCGGCCUAUUCGGAGGACCCCCAGGUAUGCCACAACCGACCCUUUCCGGCGCGAGUUACGCGAGUCAAUUGAAUGAUAUGGCUAUCAUUAUAGCUCCUCCGUCACUGCAAUCGGGCCUAUCCGGUGGUGGCCGUUCCGGUCCAGAUGGAACCAACUCGACCCGCACGUCCGGUUCCGGUUCCGCCUACUUGAGCGAAAUCCUGAACGGCAGUGUUAUGCAGCAUCUACAUCAACAUUCCGGCGCUUCCCAGCACCAGCCUCUGACCCCGCCUGGCCACCCCCUCUCGUCAUCCUCUUCUAGUGUAGUUUCCUUAGUUCCUUCUUCGGCCCAGCAACAAGUCCAGAAGCAGGUUCAGGCGGCCGCAGCAGCCGUUGGAACUUCGCUCCUCUGCAACCCAUCAGUGCACGUUUAUCCGAUCUUUUACUUCAACAUCGAAAUCAAUGGGCAGCCAUUUGGGAGGAUCCUGAUUGAAGUACGCAGCGAUGUAGCGCCCAAAAUGGCCAAAAACUUCGGGGCCCUGUGUACCGGAGAUCUCGGGUUCGGCUAUAAGGGUUGCAGCAUUUUCCAGUGCUGGGAAAACGAGAGCAUCAUCACCGGUGAUUUCGAGCUGAACAACGGUCGCGGAGGCCGAUCCGUCUUUGAGGAAGGCUUCUUCAUGCCGGAUGAUACGAAAAUUCUGGCGAUUCGUGGUUCGGUCGGGAUGCGCCGGAGCCAGAAGCGUCACGAUAAUAUGGGCCUAGUGGGAUCCCAGUUCCGGGUCAUCUUGAGGGAGAUGCGCGGCUUUACCGGAAUCUUUGGAUUCGUGGUCGAAGGCCUGGAGCUGGUCGAGAAAAUUAGCCAGGCGGGCGAUUCGGCCGGAAAGCCCCAGAGUAACGUGCUCAUCGUGAACUGUGGAAAAUGGCAGUAAGCACUGUGAGGAACAUAUAACUGUUAUCUGAUCAUCUCAACAUUUUUUUGUUUUACUAGCUGAUAAGUUUGUUGGUGAAAUACGUAGUAGUUAGAACAGGCUGUUUUAUUUGUACGGACUAAAAAUAAUUGUUUCGGUACCUAAGCUUUAGUCGGGGUGGUCCUUCGGGAAGUUGGAAGAUGUUUUAGAAAAUAAAGUUGUUCCUGGUUUUAUCACGAGUUCCCUAUGAGUUGAGUUUAUAGAACAAAUCCAACAUUAUAAAGUUUGAAGCUACUUUAGGAGUGCAUUAUUAGGAGACCCAAAAAGAAUAGAAUUUGCUACACGUGAAUGGAAAUGUUGGGACAAAAAUCCGUCAUAGUUCCAUAGGUUGAGAAUUUUUUUUUAGCUCACUCUAUUUGAUUAGAUGAUUUUUCUCUUUCCUAAAUGAGAUAGAGUAUAAAAGCCACUGCAAGAGGGGUCGGGAUGAAUAAGCCAUUGAAGUUUAAAACCCUUUGAGAAGAAUGAACUACGAAGCUGGGGAUAAUGUUAUUAAUUUUCAUUUUUAAUUGUUUAAAAAAACUCUCAGCAGUUAAAAAAAAACUUGAAAAUGGUGUUGUUCAAACUGGGGAUCUCCUUCAUCAAUUUUCUCUCUCUUUUUCAACUCAGGGACCACCCCACUUAGUUGAUGAUCCUAUUAUUACAUACUGCAGCACUCGAAGAGAUGCACACGAUGUUAGCCAGUUAUUUAGCCAGAACCGUAUCCGGUGCGCAUUUGAUGCUGAGUUUAAGUUUGCUCGAUCGUAUACAUACAAACAUAUAUUUACACAUAACAAAUUCCUUCCGGAACUAAAACAAGAAAACAAUCUCGAACGAAGAAUAGCGGAACGCGCUUGCGAAUGGGCUCAGGCAAAUAUAAGAAAAAAUAAUUAAAAAAAAAAACAAGAAAAAAUAAAACAUAUGCUACAUAUAUUAUAUGUGUUAUGUUACAGCAUGAUUGUUAUGCUGAAACCCCCGUUAAAACGCUAAGUAGUAGUGCAUGUGAUGACUUGCAAAGAUGUCAACGUUCCCAUCAUACUGUAGCAAACGUACACGUAAAACCAAAAGUCGUCGGACCAACAGCAACUGUUGGUGUGACUCUAAUCAAUCAGAUACCCCGCUGUAUCCACACUUAGAAAUUUAUGACAUAAUAAAUAGAUUCGAAGGAAAAAAAAGUUGU